UGCUGCCUAGAAUGUAUCAUUAUAUUUAUUCUUAGUCCCUCUGGUUGAAUGUAAACAGAAUUUUUCUGAAAUAUGAUGUGGCACAGGUUAAUUUACGCGAUGCGACUUUAGUCGAGUGAGUGUUAAAUGUUACAAUAUUAAUGAAUCUAUUGAUUCUGAAUAAUGAAAAGUGAUUAAAGAGUGUUUUUUAAGAUCUAAGAGUGAAACGGGUUUUGUGCGCGGCUCUCUCUUUCUCUCUCUCUUUCUCUCUCUGUAUUCAGUACAGUGUAGUGAAGACGGUCUUUUCCUAGAAGUGCAAUGAGACACCUUUGGAAAAUCAACGUAUCCUUAUCGAGAUGACGGGAAAAAGAUAGCAUUUGAAAAUGCAUCAACGAAAACCAUCUCAAAAGAUGCAUAGACAUUUUACGUACAGUUCAAUAUAUACUUUAAAUAAUGAUGAUAAGAAGAAAUCAGAUUUUAGUAGCAUGUCGGAAUCUCAUGUGAAAUUGUGUAAUAAUAAUAAUGAAUCGUCGAUUAGAUGUUGUGAAAGAAGUGGUGAUACUACUCCAUUUGAAAGACAUUUCCCUAAUGAAGAAAAGGAAGAAAUCGAUCUUCACACCUUUAUGGUAAAAAGUUGUCAGGAUAUUCCAAGUGCUAAUUAUCAGUGUACAUCGUAUCGACAAAAUGAAUGUUUUAUAAACGAUGUUAAAAGAGUGCCUAGUGAUACGAGCAAUCUUACGGGACAAUAUCAAAAGUGGAAACACCGUUUAACUACUAGUGAACUUUUAUCUCACACUCGACUUGUAGAAAAAAAUGACAUCACAUUACAAAAGUCGACUUGCCGGCGUCCAAACUCUCUCGAAAGAUUACACAUGUGGAGGAUUCUUUUGGCCAUCUGUAUUGCUAUUCUUUGUACAACGUGUAGUGCAGAUCCCAGUGAAUGUGCUAAAGGCAUUAACACUCCUGGCUGGACCUUUCCAUCGGGAGAUAUUGUACUUGAGUAUGGCAAGCCUUUAAGAAUACAGUGUAUUUUAAAUCAAACAAUGCUGGAUGCCAAUUAUCCUGGAAAAAAUGUAUCUGACGUGGUUUUCUUUCGCAAUAACAAAGAAAUAGAACCAGAAUAUACGGCAGUUAUCAAUGAAACUAUACUCGAGAUGUACAUCGAGAAACCACCUCCUUCGGAUGACAUGUAUUAUUGUAAAUUAAGAAUAACUGACGAGCAUCAAAAAACAACUCAUCUAGCUGUCUGCUUGAACAAAGUCGUUAUAGGAUUUCAACCACAAAAACCAUCGAAUUUCAACUGCAUAUCUCACAAUUGGGAAAAUAUGGUCUGUAAGUGGACUCCAAUUCACAAUUACAUAACGACCAAGUACAGUAUAUUUUUCAAACUACCUGGACGUGCUGGAAGAGGAAAACUGUUUCCUUGUCCUCAAGAAGAGCGUUAUAAUAAUCAAAUCAAUUCUUGCACCUGGGAUAUAUCCACAAAUCCACUUUACAGACAGACUUAUGAAUAUUACCUUUUUAUACUUACUGGCGAGAAUGUACUGGGGAAUUCAAGCACGACUUACAAAAUCCAUCAUUUCGCUCAAGUUAUCCCAGCGAAACCGGCCAACUUCACACUGCUUAAUAAAACAUCUGAAAGCGUAUUCUUAUAUUGGAGUGCGCCGUUCCCAGUGAACAAUUUUCCAGGUGGAUUGCAUUAUAGACUGACUUAUCAAAAUCAAUGGGAUAGCCAGAAGUCUUGGCAGGUGAUUAAUUUCACUGAUCAAAUUCAAUUAAAGCAAAAAUACUACAAUUUGACCGAAUUGCAAUACGCCAACUCGGUUUAUGAUGUUCGUGUCUAUGCUAAAAGUUCACUGGCAGAAGACGAUAUGUGGAGUAAUUUUAGUGAUGUCACAUUUAGAACCUUGCCAAAAUUGCCGGAACUUCCGCCGAAAACUGACAUUGGUAGUUUUGAAUUAAUGGAAAACAACGGAUACAGAGAUGUUUAUCUAUACUGGCAAACGAUUCCACCUUAUCUAGAAAAUGGCGAUAACUUUAGAUAUCAAGUAUUGCGCGUGGAUGCCGACGGUCGUAAAGUCUCCAUUCAACCUAGUGAAACUACGAGAACUUAUGCGAAAUUCAAAAGAAUCACAACUGGCAGUUACCGAUUUGAAAUUGUCACGACAAAUAUAGUGGGAGAUAGUAGAAAUUCGUCGAAAAUUUUCGUACCAAGUCGCUCGGAAUUACCACGUGAGCCGGUAACUUUCACGAAAAUUGCUUUCGAUGGUGGAACAUAUGAAUUGUCUUGGAAGUAUCCGGAAGAUGCAAAAAAGGAUGUAAUAAACUUUACAAUAUAUUGGUGCGAUAAUGAACGGGAUCGUCCAUAUCAGUGCACAGGAUACCUCGAUUGGGUACACGUUUCUAAAAAUACAUUUGUUUAUAACAUGACAGUUCCCGAUCCCAAGAAAGUCUAUCAGUUCGCAAUUUCUGCAAAUACGGAAUAUGCAAGUAGCGGAAUGGUGUGGGCUUCAUGCACUGUGAUUCACAACAAAGUUGCGAGCAAAAUGAAAUCUGUUUGGAUAAAUAAAAUCGGUUCGGAUUACAUCGAAGUUGGUUGGAAAUUAGAUUGCUCAGAUCGUGUUGGAAUUGUCGAAGGUUUCAAUAUUUAUUAUUGUCCUAUUAUCGCGCCCUAUAAUCGCAACUGUAAAGAGGCGAAAUUAAAUACAACCAUAAAGGCGGAUACAACCACUAUUCAUGGAGUAAUUCUGGGACUUAAACCUUACACCACGUACAAAGUAACAAUUGCUGUUUUAACGAAACAUGGAGAAGGAUUGCACAGCGAUCCUUUGUAUAAUACAACUUUGGAAGCUGCUCCAAGUACACCUCCUCAGGAUGUUCGAAUAAUUAACUAUUCAAAUACUACAGUUACAGUCACUUGGAAACCGCCGACAGCAAUGAAUGGAGUCUUGCGUUACUACGAAGUUUACUACAAUUGUUCGAAAAAAGUUCUCAAGAAGAGGGUCGAUGAGACAAAUCAUUCUGAACUCGAAGGUUUUAACGCUCAUAGAAAUCACAGUAUUCAGGUUGAGCUUACGAAUUUAUAUGCACAUGAGGAAUAUACUAUCGAGGUCGAGGCUUGUACAGUUGCAUGCAGCGCGAAAUCUAACUUGGUUUCGAAAAAGACUAAAAUUGGUACGCCAGGAGCAAUAAUGAUCCCCAUUGUUAGGUUUGUUAAUUCGAGCCAGGUUUUCGUCAAGUGGAGUAAACCGGAUAUUGCAGCUGGAAAGUUGGACUAUUAUCAAAUUUAUUCUAAUGAUGGAGAUAUACAAAACAGCUCACAUACAGAAAUUCAUCUUCCUAUUGCUGAAUGUAAACCUGGAGGGCAAGAAAAAAUGUACCAGUUUCGCGUUAGAGCUGUUAAUAUUGCUGAUAAUAGAAAACAUUUAACUGGUCCGUGGUCAAAUACCGGGGAGGGUAAUUGUUACAGUAGUGGUCCUCCCUUAGCUGUCUGGAUCAUAAUUUGGGUAAUUGGCAUUCUGAGCUCUUUUGCCCUUUUACUUUGUCUCUUCUACACAUCCAAGAGAACGUGGCUGAAAUGCAGGUACAUGAGGGAUGUGGACGUGAAACUUCCACAUGGAAUUGAGCCAAAUAUGAAACUGUUGCAAAAGUUUGCUGAACAGCAUACGAGACAAUCGUCUGCUGAUUCGAGUGGAUGCUCCAGUGGUCAAGAAUCAGUAACCUCGUCUCUAACGUCCGACUCGCACGUUUCGAGCGACAGCGGCGCAGACGUUGAUCCAAUUGCUGUCUCGCCAAACAAAUUACUUGAAAUUCCCACUUCUUGGAAUCCUACAAGUCUAAGACAACGAAAUGUUGGAAACGCACGUCCUGGUGGAUUCGUAGACUCUGCCCGUUGGGACUCUUACGUGAAAGUUACCAAAUCCGGAGAUUCAAGUCUAACAGACACACAGUCGAUAGCGCGAUCGACGCCGAAUUUGAGCGACAGCACAAGUUCAACAACCUCACAACACACUUGGUCUUCUACUGGUUACAUGAGUAUGCCAUCCUCUGAGGAAAUUUCCAACAACCCGAGUCCUGUUCCGCACAAGGAUGUCAAAAAUCUAGGUUACAGUGUCGUGGGAAUGAAACCCGAACAUCUUCAAGGCGAGGAUAAUAAGACCCAAGUGAUUUCCACGAUAGAGGUGAAACCAAUAAACCCCUAUGUAAGUUUAGCUUCUCUGGAGCAAAAACCGAAAGGUAUAAACACAAUGGAUCCGCUGCUAGAGCUCGAGGACAUUGCUUUCCCAGAAAUAGAAGAGUCGACGAAUAUUGAGUCUUUCUCGGACAAAAUGUCCAAACCUUACGUUCAAAGUGGUUUCACAGAAGUGAGUGAGAAGCCAAAGGCACCAUCUUUCACUCCCACAUUGCUCGCAAAUAUCAAGUCAAGUGUUUCUUCCACCACGAAUUCACCCACGGCAGUGCACUUCACCGACAUUUCCUCAAAGCCUUACGUCACAGUUGCCUCAAUUUCAGACUUGCGAAAUUCACCCAAGGUUGCCGAAACAUCCAAACCUUACGUUUCACUAGACUCGCCAUCGAAUUCCGUCUUUCAAAUGCUGCAACACCAACAGCAGCAACAGCAGCAACAGCAGCAGCAGCAGCAAAAAGUGAAUUCCGAUUUAAGAACUUGUAUACCACAGAUUGAAAUAAACGAUUUUGAAGUUGAAGGAAGUGAAGAGGGGAACUCUUCAAAUCUCACUCUCUGUUGGGAGCCGAAAUCCUCCGACAAGGAACAGAAAGCUGAGGAAAAACCAAAAUCCCUCGGAUACGUGACAAUAUCGGAAAGCCCUAAAAUCGAGCAGCCCACAUUGCAGAGUCAGCGAUUCAGCAAGCCACAAAGUAUCACUCAGUCUGAAGAACAAUAUAGUAAAGUGACAUUAGCACCCAGCACAAUGCAAUAAAAAGAACUUUGAUCUCUCGAAGGGUUUCGAGACAAUCGAAUGUUGUUGCAGAGAUGUUCUCUCCAGUGGGAUGUUUUUUUACAAAACAACGAUUUGGUGAGUGUGCACGACUGAUCAUAGUAAAACAUUUUUUUUGUACCCCAUUCAGAAUUCGGUUUAAUUCUAUCUUGAAACCGAAAAAUUAAGUAGACUUCUCAAUCACAUUGGAACUGAGUUUAUGCUUGACCGAGCACGCUGUACUCUUAUUAUUAGUGUUUUUUCCCUCCUAUGGAAAUAUGUACAAAUCACUCUUCUGUAUCAUAAACCAAGAUAUUGUAGCCAUAUGAAGAAUAAUGUAAAAUUGUAAGUAUAUUGGAUGGCACAUUUCGCCAGGGCAAAGGAAUUAACUAUAGUAGCCAAUUUUUAAAUAUUUUUUUAAUGCAAACAAAAAAAAACUAUUUUUCUAAUUUUUUGCACGUCUUUUUAAAAGUGUAUUGCUUUUAUAUUUUAAAAUGUAUCUAAAAAAAUAAUUUUAUUUUCUCGAUACAUUGAAGUGGAUAAAAUGUUUAGAAAAUGCGUUCUCGAUGCAUUUCAAAAACAUUUUUAUUCAUUUGGAAAUAUGAAGGCAGUAUGUUUUUAAAAAACAUUUUACUAUAUUUCGAUCGACAUUCGAGUAUAAAUUUACAAUCCAACCGAAGAAAUUAUUUCUUUUAUAUUUCACAUAUAUUUCAAAUAUAUGAAUUAAAAGAAAAGAGUUCGUCAAAUUAUGUACUCUAAAAUCGCAAGUUGCAUUGUAAAUUCAGCCGAAUAAUCAAACAGCAAGAAUCAAGUUAUAAACAUGAAACGUAAACUUUAAUGACUUUUGUUUCUAUCUAUGUAUUAUAAAAAAAAAACAAAUACAUUAAAGAACAAAUUUCACGUUUAUUUCUCCAUUCUGUUCAGAUUUGAUUUCAAAUUCCUCGAAAUAAAUGACGAAAUAUGUAAAAGCACAAUAGAGAGAGAAAAAAAUGAUAAAAGAAAAUAAGUAGAAACAUUUUUUUUGUGCAACAGGAAAAAAAAUUGAAUAGAAAAUCGAACAAUUAAUUUCUGAAUGAAUCGAAUAAUGAUUAUAUUUUUAUAUUCUGCAUAAUCUCGAGAAUAGAUUAUUAGUUAGAAAUUAGAAAAAAGGGACUAUUCUCAUUUUUGAUUGCGUUCUCAAUUAUUAACAAUCUAUUCUCGAGGGACAAUUAAUUGGAUUUUAGUAAAUUAUGAGCAAUAUUAUUAAUUCUUUUAAUAGAUAAAUGUAAAGAAAAAGAAACGUACGUAAAUUAUCAAUAUUUCGAAAUAUGCACAUGAAUUUAAUAGUUUCAUGAAAUUUUAAAAAGGAAAAAAAGACUCGUUCUGAAAAAAAAGAUGCAGAAUGGAUAACUUAGAUAAUAUAUCGUUCAGAUUUCUAUUCCUGUCGCAGUGCCAUUUGAUUAUUUUUAUACAAAUGAUUCUAUGCGCUCAAUUGCUAAACAACAAGCUCUUGAACUAAAUAAAACACACAGCGGAAUAUACAAACAAUUAUUCCGUUGUUAUUGUUGUUGUUGUAAUGAGAUUAUUAAUUCGCACAGGUUUAUUUAAUUUUUAUAACUUCGUUGUGUUGUAUGGUUGUCAGAAUUAGUUUUUUGAAAAUUAAAAUAUAAAAGUUAAUGAGCUAACGAGCGUUGGACCGAAAAAAAGAUGGAUGGAAAUUGUUAAAUUAUGGUGAAAAUAUGUAUUUAAGAAAGUUUUAAUUUUAAUCGUACAAAUAACAAAGUAAAUAGUCGAAAAAGUUUUCUCGUGAAAAUGUAGCUUUUUUCAAUAAUUAAUGGCGAAAACAAAAAUAUAUAUGAAUGCAUAAUAUCUUAAAGCUAGUCAUUGAAAAGUUUAAUAAAUCCAGCUAUUUUUUUCCAUAUAUCACACUAUAAAAAUGCUUCAAUAUUCGACUUAUAUUUUUGCUUUCACCAUUUACAUAAUUAAGAAAAGUUUGUCGACUAAUAUGACUGACUUAAAUAUUUUUUAUUAAUAUGGAGGUAUCCGUUAUUCAAUGUUCAUACAAAUGUUUAGUGUAGAAAUUUUUAAUAGAGUUAAAAUAUCAGGAAUAAUGUAUCUUUUUAAAAAAGUUUUUAUACAACCGAAACUGAUUUUUCAGUUUCAAUUCAAAAAAUUGAUUUCUUUUAAAUAUUUCUUUAUAUUUAUGCGUUGAAAUAUACAUUUUUUCAAAUUUUUAUAAAUCGUUAUCUUUUUAGAAUUUGUAAACUAUCACGAAUAGUUUAUAUACUGCCAGUGAUAAUGCUAUUAAUUAGUAAAUGUUUAGAAACAAAUUUCACACUGUAAAAAAUCAAAAAAAUUACUCAUAGAAAUGUGGCACAUUUUACAGACAAGGGGAAAAGUGCCUUAAUGUGACAACAUAACCUUAUUUAAUGCGCGUCACGUCACUUUUCCCCUUUGUUAAAUGUGUCACAUUUAAUGUGUGUAAUAUUUUUUUUACUAUUUUUUACAGUGCAGUAAAAAUUUUUAAUAUUUUGUAAAGAAAUAAUUUAUUUUUCUUUACAAUUUUCAUUUUUUCUACAGUAAAUAAUUGUAAAAUUGUACAUUGAUUUAAAAACGGAAAAAUAUUUUAUAAUCAAUUUAAUAAUUUUUGUAUUAUACAAAAAAAAUAGGAGAUAGUUUUAAAAUUUUGUUUUGACUCAAUUUUUUCGCAUAUUCGUCCAAUGUUAUAAAUUUACAAUCUUAAAGACUUUAAUCGGCAAAAUGAGCUUAUAAUUUUUAUAGUGCUAAUAUAAAUAAAUGGUUCUGGAAAGAGGACUUUGGUGAAAGAUGAAUAAGAACAAAUAUUUAAUAAGAAUAAGUUAUUACAUAAAAUUUAUUAAGACUUUAUGUACUGACAAAUGAAAGAUGAAAAAGAAGAAGAGAAUAAUUAAAUUCUAAGUGAUUUAUAUAGUAGAUUGAAUUUGACUUCGGUAGCUUAUGCAAUUUUUUAAUUAUAUAUUUUGUAUCCUCUUUUUCACCGUAUAAUUUUUCAAAAUGAAGCAUGCUCAUUUAAAUAAUGUAUAUACAAACGAUUUUCCAAGCAAAACUUUUCAGACUAUCUAUAUAAAUAAAUUUUGUCUAUUUUUAAGAUUUUAUAUAUUUUCUCCAUUGUAAAUAGACCUAACUAUUAUCUAUUAUGUUAUAAUAAAUGAAGAAAAAAAAGUACUUGAAUGCACAUGAAAUAUUAGCUUAAGACUAAUUUUAAGCGAAAAUUUGAUUUAAACCUCGACUAUUAAAUAAGAUAGCCAAUGAUUUAUGUACGUUCAUGAAAUGAGGUAUUUCAAUAAAUGAAGUACAGUUUUUAUAGAAAUAGUUACAUAUCGAGUAUCGACUAUAUUCGCUUUAAGCUUUUACAUUCAUAUUUUUAUGUAAUCAAACAAAUUUUUGUAUAAUUUAGUGGAAUAGGUAUAAUAGAGUUUUAAGACGCCUAAACAUUUUUUAGUUUUCUCGCCAUUCGCAAGGAGUUCAAAUGAAAUUUUAUUGUGAUAGGAACACGCAUUGUUGGAGUAUAUUUAUAAUUAUACUGUUGUGUUGCGGCAAUAUUAGUGCAAUGGCUGAAAAGUAAGAGGGAAUCGAGGAAAUUGUAAAGACUGUGAUUGUCAAUGAGUAUCUCUUCAGAAAUGUGACUUUUUGUCUAACUGAAUUGUACCAUAUUAAAAGUUUUAUGAAUAAUUAUCAAUAGAAAUGAACAAUUGAAUUGAAUUGAAACGAAUGUGAGGCGAAGCAGUUUAUUUAAACAAAAAAAAAAAAGAAAAAAAAGAAACUAGAAAUGAAUAUUUUGAACUCCUUGUGUUUAGAUGCACGUUAAAUAAAGACUAGUUAUUCUUCCAAGUUUUUGUCCCUUUUACAAAUUUUGAGGAAAGAAAAUUAUGCUCCAUUCAUUUAUAUAAUUACAUAAUAUAUCGCUGUUUUGUUUUGAAUAUAACAUUAUAAUGCUAAUGAAAGCUAUUAAUAAUCGAGAUCUUGUACAGGUAAAAUAUAUUUUUACUACUUU